AUGACCCUCGGUCUUCCCGUUGGUGCCGUCAUGAACUGCGCCGACAACUCUGGUGCCCGUAACCUUUACAUCAUCUCCGUCAAGGGUAUCGGUGCCCGCCUCAACAGACUGCCCGCCGGUGGUGUCGGUGACAUGGUCAUGGCCACCGUCAAGAAGGGAAAGCCCGAACUCCGCAAGAAGGUCCACCCCGCCGUCAUCGUUCGCCAGUCCAAGCCCUGGAAGCGUUUCGACGGUGUCUUCCUGUACUUCGAGGACAACGCCGGUGUCAUCGUCAACCCCAAGGGUGAGAUGAAGGGCUCCGCCAUUACCGGCCCCGUCGGUAAGGAGGCUGCUGAGCUCUGGCCCCGUAUUGCCAGCAACUCUGGUGUCGUCAUGUAA